UGCCUUGACUUUCACUGACUUGUCUUUGUCUUUCCACAGUUGUGCAAUCAUGGCGUUAUUUUCAAGAUUGAUGCAACAGAAUUGUGUCCGAAACAUAAUGCUGACGGCAACGUCGCCUAGCGCCUGGCGGCCCUUGUGCAGAGGACGGUCAUCGGUAGCCUCCCCUCUCCUGAGGUCUAUGCUUGUUCUGAAGAAUUCUCCCGAAAGUCUUCAACGGUUCAGGGAGGCCAGGGCCGACGCCUACUUCCUGGAUCUGGAGGACGGGGUACCGAAAGAUAAGAAAGAGUCUGCCCUGAAGCUGUACGCUGAGGCGCUGAAGAGCAGGAUGUUCCGCGGCCAGACUGUGUACGUGCGGUUCAGUGACAUCACGGACGACGUCACCAGGAGGGAAGCAGACGCCCUCUGUCAUCCCGACCUGACGGGCUUCGUCGCACCCAAAGUCGCUUCUUCUGAUGACAUCAGGAAAAUCGAUAAAGUUCUGUCAGAGGUAGAGAGGAAGAAAAACUUGCUUCCCGGUCACUGCAAGAUCAUGGCCGUAGUGGAGACAUUGGAAGGACUUUGGCACACACCAGACAUCGCAAAGGCAUCCCCUCGAAUGUCGGCACUUAUAAAUGGGAGGGCAGACAUCGCUGCUUGUUUCCAGAGACCUCCCCUGACCAGUCCCAUCGGAAAUGCUUUUCAACUCCAGAUUCUGCACGCCGCGAAAACGGCCGGAAUAGCAGCGAUCGACAGCACGAGCUACCUGGACAACUUUCCCCGCCUGGAACGUGACGUUACAAGUGGAAAAACUCUUGGAUAUGAUGGAAUGAUUAUUGUGCAUCCAUUGCUGGUGCCUUUUGUAAACCAGCUUUAUACCCCUACACGACAAGAGAUAGAGUGGGCCGAACAAGUCACGGCAGGAGUAAGGGUCUAUCAGCGAACACCCCAGGAGUAUCGGGAGUUCAUUGGGCCUCCUCAUCUUUUCAGUGCUACCCACAUCCUGGAGACACACAGAAAGAUCCAGGCAUUGGAAUCAUCUGUUAGUAAAAACGAUAGACCGCAGGGUAAACCUAAUGAAAAUUCUGGCACCGUUAUUCCACUGAUACGGAAAGGAGGACUAACAGGUAAUUCAAUCAAAGGAGGAGAAUGGACCACAGGAAUCGUACCUGUCAACUUGGAUUCGUCUUGGCGAGCUGCCUGGGACUCUUCAUUUUUCAACGCUCGGAGUGUGAACAGUUCAGACCUGACAGCAAAGAAGAUGGACCUUCCUGGAAUCCAGCCUCCCUUCCAUCUACUUGCGACAUUGGUGCUGUCUUUGGCUGUGGCAAAUCUCCUGCUUCUUCAGUUAUAUGUCCAUCGAAUGGUCAAAGUCUUCACCCCCACUGAAGCCAAGGGACUAGCUACUCUGAUACGAGCUACGAACCAACAUCACGACAACGUCAAAAAAUUCAACACAGAAGAUCUUGUAGCAGCAGGGCCUCUGGUUGAGGCGGCAACUGUCCACAAUGUUGCUGACGAUUUUGGAGACAUCUUGUAUCAAGAGGUUGUGGAGUCUUCAAAUGUGAACCGAACGAACCAGGAGGACAUGAUCGGUUCAGUCAGCUACAUCCACAGUAUCCAGCAGCUGGCAGAGAAUCCUGAUUUGGAGGAGGUGACCGUGCGUACUCUGGGGAUUAAGAACUUGGACGUGGAAGAAUUACUGGAGAGAGAAGUUCCGGUGAGACUUUUCUCUGGAACCAGAAUGAAAACCAGCGACUAUGAAGAGAUCUGCCGGGAGGAUUUCCCCUUGCUCUACCGAAGGAUUGUUACUCAAGUUCUGUGGAAGUUUCUCCGCCUCCGGCCUCUUUCUUCCAGCGACGAGGUACCCGCGGAGAUUCAGCCCAAAUUCUCCUGAUCCAAACAUUCGGGGGUGAACGGGAGGGUCGGUCAUGGUUGUCUGUUUUUUUUAUCAUCGAUUAUUAAUUUUUUAUUAUUAAUUUUUAUUAUCAUUAUGUAAGAAAAUGUCAAAGCAGGACAUGUUUAAACAGUUGAUAUCAUGCAAGAACGAAUGUGCAGUAGACAAACUAUGUAAUUAUGUUUCCAAAUGUUUCAAAAAGAGAGAAGAA